CUUUCGCCUGUCUUACCUGCUAUAGCAACCAUAUGAUACAAUAGCAACUCCAGUAUCAUAACUGCGGCACUUGUAUAGCAAGUCCGGGAACGGGAACGGUCAACUGUCUCAAGCUCCGUUUGAAGCAUUGCCAUCAAAAGGCGGGAUGGCUGCCAUGGAAUCCGAGCUAUUUCUGUUAAAGCGUUCAUUCGAGCGCCUGGACCAGCAAUAUCGGCGCGCCGAGGAGAAGAUAGGUGACUUCCGGGAAAAGCUGAAGGAGGCGCGCGGCGAGCUGUCAACUAAGGACCGGCAGCUGGAGGCGACGCGCCGACUGCUUGCCAAGCUGGGCCAGGAGAAGUCGGAGCUGGCGGCGGUGGCGGAGGAGAGCCGCGACCUGAGCCGCAAGCUGGGCGCCAAGCUGUCGCUCAGCGGCGGCGAAGUGCCGGAGCUCACAGCCAAGCUGCAGCGCAGCAAGCGCAAGGUGACGGAGCUGACGGCGCAGCUGCACGAGGCCCAGACACGGCUGCUGCUGGCGGAAGAGGCCACGCGGCAGCAGUCGGCCGAGGUGGUAGUGCUCAAAAAGGCUCUGGGCCUGCGCUCGGAGCUGCCUGACUUCAGCGGCUAUGGCUAUGACGGCCAGGCGCAGCUGCUGCAGUCACUGGCCAAGAGCCAGGAGGAGAGUGCCGCGCUGGUGGGGCAGUUGGCGGACAGCGGCCGGCGGGUGAACGCGCUGGAGCAGCAGGUGGUUCACCUGCAUGGCGAGCUGGAGCGGCUGGUGGGCGCCCGUGUGGCGGCGGAGGAGGCGCUGCUGGGGGCCAGGCGCGAGGCGGCGGACGCACACGGCAGGGCGGCGGCCACACAGAUUGAUUUAGAUGAGCUGCAGAGUCAGAUGCGCCGCACCAAUGCGCACCUGGAGGAGGUGCUGGCGGCGCGGCGCGCAGCUGACGACCGCUGUGACGAGCUGGCCAGUAAGAUCAGGGCCCUCAAGGACAAAACGGCCGCAGCGGACCGGAGCAACAAGGCACAGAUUGAGUCGCUGCGCAGUGAGAUCAGAUCUGUGGUGGAGGCGUCUGAGGCGGCGGCGGAGCAGGGCCGAGCGGUGCACGCGGCUCGUGAGGCAGCUCUGGAGGCGCAGGUGGCUGGGCUGCAGAAGCAGGUGCUGGAGCAAGAGGCCCGGGCCGCGCAGUCCGCCCGCGACCACGAGGUUGACUUGCUUCGACUACAGAGCCGGGCAGGGGCGCUUGAGGCCAGCCUGGAGGGAAGCAAGCUGCGGGAGGGCUCGCUCGAGCGUGACGCUGCUGCCCUGCGUGAGGAGGUGGAGCGGCUGGCCCGGAACAAUCAGGACCUGUCGAUGGGAUUGGCGGCGGCGCGGGCCGAGGCGGCGGCGAAUGCGGAGCGCGCAGAGGAUGCGGCAGCCAGCACCGACAGCGAGCGGCGCCUGCGCAUGCAGGCUGCAGCUCAGAUGGAGGCUGCCACCAACCGGGGCGCGGUGCGUGAAGAGCAGCUGGGUCUGGAUGCGGCGCGGCUGCGGGCGGAGGGAGCCACCAUGGCCCUGGCCAAUGAGAGACUCACAGCAGAGAUCAAGGAAUGCCAAGAGCAGCUGUCCUCCUCAGCCGCUCGCCAGGCCGCCAACGAGCGCCACAUCGAGGAGUUGCACGCCACCAUACAGUCCCUCACCAAGUCCAAGACCAAGCUGCAGAGUACCAUGCUUGAGCAACUGUCGCUGUUCAAAUCCAAGCUGCAGCAGGUGGAGCACGAAAACCUAGCGCUGCGCACCGCACUGGCAGGCAGCAGCAGCAGCGCAGCAACAGCGGCCGCGGCGGCAGCUGCGUCUUCGCCCUCGCCCUCUCUGGCUGCACUGGCGGCCGCGUCACGCAGCCCUGCAGCCGUUGCAUCGGGCUACCGUGGCUCCCCGGCGCAUGGGGAUUCAAUCGCAGCGGCCGCGGCGGCGGCGGUGGUGGCUUCGGAGCGGUAUGGUGGAGCUGGUGCUGCUACAGCCACCAGUGGGCUGUAUGGAGGCGGCGGUGCGGGGCCCGGCAGUAGCAGCUAUAGCCAACACCACCACCUGUUGCGGGGAAGUGCUGCUGCCGGCGGGGUGCAGACGUCGUACCGGGUAGGCGUCAGCCCCCGAGUGUAUGACAGUGACGACGAGUGAGCGGUGUGUUGAUUGCUGAUGAUGCUGUGGUGAGGUGGCACGGAUGCUUUAUGCCGGCCAGGCCGGUCCAUGGAUUAGGCCAUAUGUGGAUGUGUGUAGGCCAGAAAGGUGGAACCCGAAAGACGUGUUAGGGUAGGGGGGCGGGGCUUGCGAGGCGUGGAACUGGGCGGCGGGUUUGGGAUGCGCGCUGCGCUUCGCGGGCGAGCUCCAAAAUUCGUAACGUCACGAUGAGUCGGCUUGGGUGUGUCACUUGCCCUCGAGUGCUUCUCAGCUUACUCGAGCUGUGUUGGCAGUGUGAGUUUGCUGCGGAGUGCGGGUUUGGUUACAGAGUUAUCCUGGCGGGCGUAAUAAGCUUUCUUGCGUACGUGCUAGCAAUAGGGUAUCGCUAGAUGACAGAAUCCGUGCGAACAUUCGCUUGCACAACUUGUAGUUGUAACGCAAGUUAGCA